AUGACUCCUUCCCAUUUCUUCUUCCAUUUCCUAUCUUUCUUUGUCCUUUUCUUGAUAAUAGUUAAGAGUUCUCAAGUUCAUGGUAAAGGUGUUGUGUUCAAUGUUCAAGAUUUUGGUGCCUUUCCAGAUGGGAAGACUGAUAGUAGCCAGGCCUUUUUGAAGGCAUGGAACCAAACGUGUCAAAGCAAGGAAGGAGGCACAAUCUUUAUUCCAACAGGGACUUUCUUGUUGAAUACAGUGACAUUUAAUGGCCCAUGCAAUGGCCAAACUAUUUUUAACAUUAAUGGAGUUUUGAGAGCUCCCUCUGGUGAAAGCAGAGAUGAAUUCUGGAUAUUAUUUCAGCAUAUUAAUGGGCUGACUAUUAAUGGAAAAGGUUCUUUAGAUGGCCAAGGCCCUUCUGCAUGGUCCCUUACAAGUAAAGCCAACAACAAGAAUCCUCCCGUGAUUGGUAAUAGCCAGGGAGUACAUUUUCAGGACGUGACAAUAACAGCACCCGGCGAUAGCCCAAAUACUGACGGGAUUCAUAUAGGCAACUCCAGCGAUAUCUCUGCUAACAACCUGAAAAUUUCGACCGGAGAUGAUUGCAUUUCUAUUGGCCCCGGUAGUUCGAAUAUUAACAUUUCCGAGGUCCAUUGUGGCCCUGGUCAUGGAAUUAGCAUUGGAAGUUUAGGGAAGUACCAAGAUGAAGGUGAUGUUAAUGGAGUUAUAGUGAAGAAUUGUACCAUUGUGAGGACUACAAAUGGAGCAAGGAUAAAGAGUUGGGCACCUUCACCUCCUAGCAAAGUUUUCAAUGUCACUUUUGAAGAUAUUAAUGUGCAAUAUGCUGAAAAUCCUAUCAUCAUUGAUCAGCAAUAUUGUCCUCACUCAUCUUGUAGUAAAGAGGGUAACUCACAAGUGGAGAUUUCAAAUGUUAAAUUCAUUGACAUAAGAGGAAUUGCAGCUUCAAAAGUGGCAGUUUCUCUUAAUUGCAGCAAAAGUGUGCCAUGCCAAGGGAUUGAGCUAAGGGGUUUAGACUUAAUUUUCAAUGGCCAAGAGGCCACAACUGCAACUUGUUACAAUGCAAAUAUGAGCUUUUAUGGACAGCAAACUCCUUCUGGCUGUACAUGA